CACCCAAAAAAAAAAAAAAAAGAGAAAAAAAAAAGAUCGGGAGACGCAAGGCCGACGAGGACACAAUACAUAUAUCAUGUCGCUUCAGAAGGAGCCGUCCAGGACCUGGUCCCGCAACAGCGGCUCGACGACGACAAAGCGAGACUCGACAUCGGCAGCACGGCCCUCGAUGUUUUCCAAGGCGUACAACACCGUCUCCUUUCGCGGCGCAAAGGUCGGCAGCGGCGUCCGCAACUCAUUCAUCGGCGGAGGUGGUGGUGGCAAGUACGAUGCGGCCGUCGAGCCAAAAGUGCUCCACAGCUUCUCUGGCGUCUUUCCCACGCCCGUUCCGGGGUGUCGACCGAGUCCGCCAGCGCCGCUGACCGAUGAGCAGACGGCAAAGUACGAGCAGGCGCUCAAGUACUUUACCAACCUGGCCGACUACCCCGUCUCACUGCGUGUGGACGACAAGAGGAGGGAGCCGGCAUCGGAAUGGGAGAAAUGCAGGAUGCUGACGAGGGAGAGCAUCCUCCGCUAUCUGAGGGCGUCCAAGUGGGAUGUGGCCGUCGCACAGCGAAGGCUCGUCGAGACAGUAGCCUGGCGCAGAGAGUUUGGCGUUGACUCGCUCGAUGCAGAUGAAAUGGCAAAGGAGGCAAAGAGCGGCAAAGAGACUGUUCUCGGAUACGACAACAGCGCGAGGCCGCUGCACUACAUGCACCCGCAUCGAAACGAUACAAAGGAGUCGCCGAGGCAGAUGCAGUACGCCGUCUGGAUCCUCGAGGCGGCCAUCGAUCUCAUGCCUCCCGGUGUCGAGCAGCUGGCACUUCUCAUCAACUUCGAGCACCGUAGCCGAAAUCCGACAAGUAUUGCAAACGCCAAGCUGAUGCUUGACAUUCUUCAGAACCGCUACGUCGAGCGGUUAGGCGUCGCAAUGUGCAUCAACGUGCCGUGGGUCUUCAAGAUGUUCUGGAAUGCAAUCCAAGCAUUCAUCGACCCCGUGACGAAGAGCAAGUGCAAGUUCGACGAGGCCAUCAAGUCCGAGGUGCCCCUCGAGCAGCUGGCCGACGACUUUGGCGGCGAGCUCGACGCAAAGUACAACCACGAUGCCUAUUGGCCCCAGCUGGUGGAGCUUUGCCAACAGAGGAGACGGGCGAUGCUGGCACGCUUCACAAAGAACUGCAACUCCGAGAUCGGCGCAUCGGAGUGGGUUAUCCGAGGCGGCGAUGACGAGACCAGUCCCUUCAACGCAAAGGACCGCGAGGCGCUUGCGGGCCUGUUCCCAGGUAGCAAGCCUUCCAGUCCCAAUGGCGAAAAGGGCGCGAAUCCAGAUGAAGCCAGGCAGCAGGCCAUCGACUCCUCUGAGAAGCGCACGGCAGACGCCACGAGCAAUGGCAUCGCCGAUGCUACGAGCAAUGGCAACGUCGAUGAUUCGAGCAACGACGACACCCUCGCAGUGCCUCAGACGCCCAUGGAGUCGUACAAGACGCCUGCGGACUCCAUCACUUCCAACCCGCUAGACCGGACGUUCAGCAACGUCAGCGCUCAUGCAGCUCUUGCCGCUGGCGUCGCUGGCGGCACACCCCUCCAGAUUGCAGCCGCCUCGCGAGAGAGCCAGGCCGAGACCGAGGGCAAACAAGGGCAAAAGAAGAAGCCUUCGAUGGAGCAGGAGAUCAAACACCUGCGUGACAAGAUGCACGACUCAAAGGCGUGGCAGGACAUCACAAAGCCAUUCCACCCUCGAAGUUCAGGCGAGAGCAAGCGUAAGGUGUCAGGCGAGGAAAAGCGGAGGGGAUCCAAGGACAUCAACCGCCAAGCCAGCUUGGAAGCAGGCGACAAGCCAACAGUCUCUGAAGGAACGGCAGCUGGCUCGGCAGCUGCUAUCGGGGCAGGCACGGCUGCUGCUGGCUCGAUGGCUGCCGUGAACGGCAUCAAUGGGGAUCACAAAGUGCCUGACAGUGACAGGAAGCCCAUCAAAGUCCUCUUCUUUGCUGCCGCCAAAGACGCGGCAGGUGCACGCUCGGAAAGUGUAGAGGUGCCUAGCGACUCGUUCAAUCUCCUGAAGCUGGGCAACGCGCUCGUCGAGAAACGCCGCGAAACGGGAAGCAAAGGCGAUGCAGACGCGCUGGAGGGUGUUAUCAGGCGCUCCAAGUGGAGCGUAGAUCAGGCCAUGGUUGACGAGGAGGACAUCGAGAAGUUGGUGCUGAAAGGAGGAGAAGAGGUGGGCCUCAUUCCACCAGUCUCUGGCGGUUGAGAGGAGGAGGCCCACACACUUUGGAUAAGUUCGCUUCAUACGAGCCACCACUGCUCCAUCAUCAUUCUUGCAAAUAGGAUCAAAGCUACGCCAUUCCACGUACCGGUCCUUUUAAUCAUGUUUGUUCGAGAUGUUCUCCACCCUCCUUCUAGUCUAGCAAGUCCUUCUUCGCUGGCUUUGUUAACCUUCAAUCAUACACUACAUACCUCCUGUUGAACUGAGCAAUUCUGAUGUCUUUCUUUG